AUGAACACCCCUCCCAGUUUCUUCAAUGACGCGGUUGAUCUUGCGACACCGACUAACGAGUCUUUCGACAGCGAGCAGCCCCGGAGUCUGCUGCCUCCGGAAUCGCUUCCAAUACAGCCUCCAGAAGCCCACACGACUUCACCAACAAUGUCGCAGAAUCCUUCAGUCUAUAUGCCCAUGCCGAGUGCAUGGGACCCAAUGAUGUCUAGCAUGCCCGCGAUGUAUGGCAAUCACCAGGCGCACUACACCACCAAGCAAGAACCCAUGGACGACCGACCGACGCUGAUGCAUGUGCCAUCUACCUCCAAGUCAAGCUCGAGGACAGACUCCACCAGCUCGAUGCUAACUCAGACAUCGUCCAAGUCGAGCAGAACGACGAUGCCAUCGGAUGCCAGUCCUCCAAGGAAGAGGGGAAGGAAGGGAAAGGCGCCCGUGCAAGACAAUGACAACAUUCAUGAUGAUGGUGACGGCGACGGUGAAAAGCGCAAUAAGUUUCUGGAGCGGAACCGAAUAGCAGCAAGCAAGUGCCGACAAAAGAAGAAGGAGUGGGUAACUGACUUGCAGGAGACCAAGCAAGGUCUGGAGAGCCAGCACGCUCAGCUGCAAAUGGAAUAUAACGGUUUGGUGGACCAAGUCACACGAAUGAAGAAUGAGCUCAUGUCCCACGCUAACUGCAACGACCCGAACAUCAACUUAUGGCUUGAAAAUGAGGCCCGACGAUUUGUCCAAAGCAGCGCAGAGCGUGUCAAGAAGCAAAGUAUCGACGCUAGUCGAGGGGUUGGUGAAAGACCACUCGACAUGGGACCAGGAUAUAGGCCCUCAAUCGACAGUCAAAUGUCUCUGAUCUCCCCUACAAGAUCUGAGCGGGCCAUGACAAGCAUGUCCUCUAGGUCUGCGAGCAGCAUGGACUUCAACUAUGACCACAUGCCAGAUAGCGUUUUCGAACAAGCUUGA